AGGUAGACAAAGACGUGGUCACUCCAUUUGCCCCUCAUUGCCUCUCGUACCAUAUCCACAGCUUUUUCUCCAUCUGCACUCCCCUCUCAAAAAUAAAGCUUUUGAUUUUAUAUACUUCAUCACCAUCAAAGGGAAGAGAGCAAAACAAACAAACAAAUUAAAUUCCAGUCCAAGAAGCAGCUGUAAUGGCUCAAACAAUGUUGUUCAUGUCUGGCGUUUCAACUAGGCAUGUUGUUGACCUGAAGAGAGACCCUUUACUUCAAUUCCAAGUUGACAGACUAAGGCCUAAGCCGUUCUCUUCUCUAUUAUUCUCUCCACUCCCUACCAACUCUUCUUCUUUUGCUCCUUCUAAAACAUUCACUACCUUUGCUCUUUUCAAGUCUAAAGCCAAGGCAGCUCCUAAGAAGACUGUUGUAAAACCCAAGCAAAAGGUUGAAGAUGGUGUUUUUGGUACCUCUGGUGGAAUUGGUUUCACCAAGCAGAAUGAGCUCUUUGUUGGACGUGUUGCUAUGCUUGGCUUUGCCGCAUCCCUAUUGGGUGAAGGAUUAACAGGAAAAGGAAUUCUAGCUCAGUUGAAUUUAGAAACUGGAAUUCCCAUUUAUGAAGCAGAACCACUUCUUCUCUUCUUCAUUCUUUUCACCCUUCUUGGAGCCAUUGGAGCAUUAGGUGACCGUGGCAAAUUCGUCGACGACCCACCAACCGGCAUUGAAGGUGCAGUCAUCCCACCUGGAAAAGGUUUCAGGGCAGCAUUGGGUCUUAAAGAAGGAGGUCCUCUAUUUGGAUUUACAAAGUCGAAUGAGCUCUUUGUAGGAAGAUUGGCUCAGCUAGGAAUUGCUUUCUCUUUAAUUGGAGAAAUCAUAACAGGGAAAGGAGCUCUAGCACAACUCAACAUCGAAACUGGAAUUCCCGUCAAUGAGAUCGAACCCCUUGUUUUGUUCAAUGUUAUCUUCUUCUUCUUUGCUGCUUUGAAUCCUGGCACUGGAAAAUUUGUUACUGAUGAAGAGGAUGAGUAGGUGAUCUAGCUGUGCUUUGUACUUUUAUCCAAGAAAAUACUUUCUUGUUUCUGUU